AUGGCUCCACCAGGGAGCCUUCGGAGGACUGCUUUGGACCCUUUAGCUGUCUCUCUGCGGCAGGAGGAGGGAGACCGUAACAGGCUAGCCAAGGUGCAAGAGGGGAAGGCAAAUGCAGCCAUUGUGGCCAGCUUCCUUCAGAUUCAUUUAAAAAUUUUAAAAGGACAUUCAGAUGCUGUGACUUCCUGUCACUUCUGUUUUGAUGAUACAAAAAUCAUUUCAGGAUCUUAUGACAAGACAGUGAAACUCUGGCUGAAAAUCAGGUUGAUAACUGCAUCAUAUGACAAAACACUGAAGGCAUGGGAUAUGGAAACCGGAAAAGUGCUUUGGUCUCUUGAGCAGGAUGGCCUUCUAACGUCAUGUGAUGUUUCUCAUGAUGGCAAGCACGUUGUCUGUGGUUCAGAUAUGGAAAAUGCGCUAUGCCUGGUUGAUGUGGCGAAUGCUAAACACGUGGUGUACGUCAGAGAGCAUCACAAGAGCACAGUGACAAGAUGUCGCUUUGAUCCUCACAACCAGAGAAUAGCUACGGUAUCAUCUGACAUGUCUUUAAAAUUUUGGGAUAUCCUAGCCCAGUCCACCACAAUCACCAUUGACAAGGCACACAGCAAUGCAAUUUCAGAUUGCUGUUUCUCCUUGGAUGGUCAUUAUUUGUGCACAGCAGGCUGGGAUGAAACCUUAAAGUUAUGGGAUGUCAGAACAGGGGAGUUUCGUUCUCAUGGACCUAUUAUUUUGGAACAAGGUCAUGUAGGUAUAAUUGGCUGCUGCAUUUUCAGUAAAGAUGCAUCACUUCUGGUAUCAGGUGGUUUUGAUAAAACAGUGGUUGUCUGGGAUUCAACACAAGCCUAUAAGAAGAUAAGUUUAAAGGGUCAUGAACACUGGGUGACAGAUGUUGCAAUCAGUAGCAACAAGAAGCUGAUUGUUACUUCAUCAAAGGAUUCUACUUUGAGGUUAUGGGACAUUGAAAAUGCUCAUGACAUCCCUGUGGUAAUACAAGCCAUGAAAGCAAGAGGCUCCAAGUUAGCCAAGUGUGAAGAAUGUGAGAAGCCCUUCUUGAUCUUCCAGGAAAAGGAAGACAAAGUGGAAACCAGAUGUGUUUUCUGUCGACUGAAAACUCACAAGAAUCUUUUACCAGUGCCUCCUUCCCUGCCUCCUGAUCUCUAA